AUGGCUGUGAGUUACUGUGUCGACCCAGACCCUAUAUUCUACGGUACCUCACGAACAGCGGCUGGUACUUUAUUUAUCGUUCUUUCGGCUGUAUCCAUUGCCUUACAUGUCCUAUUUAUCGCCGCAGUUCGAAAAAUGGCCGGAUGGGAGUCAAAUUUUGCCUUUACCCUACUGAUCACUAUGUCAAUAUGUGCUAUGAUAAGGCUUGGAAACUAUAUUAUCUGCAACAUAAUAGCACUAUGCUACGUGGAUUUCUGCUCUAAUCAUCAUAUCUUCACGGCUCUCGGAUCUCUUGACCUCGCCUCGUAUUUUUCCAUAAUCCUAAUCACCGUACUAAUUACUAUACACCGAGUGGUCUAUACAAUUUUCGCCACUCGUGCCAAAAACCUUGUACAGCCAUAUUUCAUGAAGGGUCUACUCGUGUUCAUCGCAGUUUGUUUCGCUAUUAUUGUUUAUUUCACAUAUCCAAGCAGUACACACUAUCACUUCGUACCCAACCUCCUCUCAUACGACGAUUUAGCAGAGAGCAAUUUCGAGUUGCUGCGAUUGGCUAAAAGAGUGGCCAACUAUACUCUGGGUGGAACGAAUAUUUUUGCUUAUUCGAUAAUUUUCACCUACCUCUACUGUCGUCAUUCAUUAUCGUUCACCACUAAUGAGUCUCGCAUGACAUUGCAGGUAGCGCUAUUCGUGUCCAUUGAGUGUAUGUAUUUCAUCUACUGGGAAUUCUUCGAGAAACGAGUGAUGUCGAUAACGGGCUUGUUGACCAGAAAUCUUAUCACUCUGGGGUUCUACAUUUCCAUAAUUCUUCCUUAUCUACUGAUCAAUAAGCGAAUCCAGAAGCGAAUAUUCGAAAUACUUGGAAUGAAACAAAAGGCACGUUUGGUGAUGGGUUCACGUUCAGUGAUUAUUUGUAGAACUGUGUAA